AUGGUCAACUGCGAUGCGCCCGUCGAUGGCAUUUCAGGCGCAUACACGGGCAACAGCUUCGCCGCCCAAGCCUCAAUCGCCAGUCUCCUCGGCUGCGCCCUCUACAGCGCCCUCGAGCUCAUAGUCCUGGUCUUCUCCAUCUUCCAUAUCUACGGCGGUCUAUACUUCUGGAGCCUAUUGAUCUCUGCCUCCUUAGGCGUGAUCCCCGACGCGCUAGGUCUGAUCCUGAAAUACUUUGAGCUCGCCCCAAUAUGGAUCCCCGUUACACUAUCAACUGCUGGUUGGGCCAUCAUGGUAACGGGUCAAUCUCUCGUGCUGUAUUCGCGGCUACAUCUUGUUGUGAUGAACCAGACGGUCCUGCGCUGUGUACUUGGCAUGAUCAUCUUCGAUGCGAUAGCGAUGCAGACGCCACAGAUUGUUGCAUCUUAUGGCGCUGUGUAUGCGUGUCAUACGAGGUUUCCAAACUUCUUUAAUGUCUGGGAGAAGGUUCAGUUGACCGUCUUCUUUGUGCAGGAGAUUGUUAUAUCGGCGUUGUUUAUUGUGCAGACUAUUCGGUUGUUAUUGUCUUAUCCGUCGCGUUCGAAGCGGAGAACCAAUAUUAUGUAUCAGUUGAUUACGAUCAAUGCGGUGAUUAUCUUGAUGGAUAUCGCUCUUUUGUCUUUGGAGUACAAUGGGCAAUUUAUUGCGCAGACGGUUGCGAAGUGUUUCUUCUAUACCGUGAAGCUGAAGUUGGAAAUUGCGGUCUUGUCGAGAUUGGCUUCGUUUGUGAAGUCGAAUUCUGAUCAAGGGUCUUCGGGUUUAAGUCAUUGGGAUCAUUCUUGA